GGGGCAGUGAGAAGACAGCGCGUGGGGCGGUUGGGGCUAGCGGCUGGCUCCGCGAGCGCGCGCCUGGCAGCGCCGAUUUGGACCUUCCUGGGAAGGAAGACGCGUCCCCACUAGGCGGAGCGGGCAGAGGCCCUGGCUUGUGCGCUGCCGCCUUCUCCACUUUUGAAUUUUUAUUUAGACGAUAAGGGAGCAAAACUAAAUUUGAUCCAAUGCUCUGGUCGUUUCCAUUGGUAAAGGUCCCCGACUAGGGCACCUGUCCCAGCCGUCUGCCGGGGACGCACAUGUUGGGCUCAUUCGAGUGCAUCCCUGUAUUCCAGGGGAAUCUUCCUUCGCUGGAUCCGCUCCAGCUCAGAGCCUCGCCCUACUCCUGAACCCUCUCUACAGAGGUCACUGGACCGGGGCGCCAGCCGGGUGACACGGGAGGGACUCUUUUCAAGGCGGAAGAAUACCAGAGCACCAAAGAUAGCAACUUUUACAAGAAGGGGAAAGUCCCUUCCACUUUGGGCCCAUUGGGCUUUUUUUCCCCCCAUAAAACUUUUGCUAGGUACUUGUGUGCGUUCAGCUCACUAGCCGCCCAGCAGGUCUGGGGCGGACAACGGCAGGCCGGUGAGGCUGACGGGAGUAAAUGAGUCACUUGGGACCCUUGCCGCCGAGGGGCUCGGCCGCUUCCGGUCCCUCGGAGGAGGGGCGCCAGGGUUUGUAGUGCCUCCCGGCGUAAGGACUCCUUCAGACUCUGGAGUCCUGUUAGGCUCCCUGAUGUCCACUCCAAAAUCCUGGCUUCCCCACGCCCCCCGAGCCCAGGUUCUUCGACAGCCGCGUGGCUGAGUCACGGGCGGGGCUGCGCUGGGGCACGUGGCGGCGCUCUACGCCCGCCAUCCCCUGACCUCUGGCCCGCGCGCCUCCUGCCCCGGGGUGGAAAAAUCCCGCAGGGAGCGGCAGGAGAUAAGGGUGUGGGGGGAAGGCGGGACUGGGACGCGACGGCAGGUGGGGACCCUUGGGUGGAGGCAGGCGAGAAGGGCGACCCCGAGGGGAGGGCCGACGGGGAGGAGCGCUCGAGAGCCGGCCGGCGAGUGAGUCACCCGCUCCAGCGCCUGCGAGUGAGAAGCCGAGGCGCCCCGGGACACCAGCCGGUCGGCCUGCCAGGCUUGUACGGAGCGCGAGACAGACUCACCCCCCCCCCCAAUUCGCCCUAGACCCGCCAAAGUGGAGUUACCAAGUGCAGAGACUCACUUUCUGCGGUGCUGCAAAUGGAAGGGCAGAACGGCCGCCAAAAUGUCAUCCCCUGAGAGCGUCCAUUCAUGGUUUUUUGCCCCCCACUCGUGAUAUAACACCAUUCUUUGAUAGUCAAGGCUUGAGUGCUGACGUGAUCACAUCGGUGGGGCAGGUGGGGAAAAGAGCUCCUGAGCACUAGGCUUCACCCUGGGCCCUAAGUGCUGCCCCCAGCACUAUCUGCCGGGCGCCGGGCCAGUGCCGGGCCAGUGCUGGUCUAUAUUCGUCCCUUGGCCUCUCUCAUUGCCCUUCGCAGGCCAAGAGAGGGUAGGGUGGAGUGGUGCCGAAAUGGCCGUUAUGAGGACCCUGAGAGAUGAAAGCAGUCGCCUUCUUUGGCGUAGGGGUGUCAACUUCAGACCACAGCGCUUGCUCAGCAUCCCUGAUUCCUUCCCCCAACCGUGUGGCCUGCACCGCCUGCCUCCGAUCAUGGCCAUGCAAAAAAUCUUUGCCCGAGAAAUCCUGGACUCCAGGGGCAACCCCACAGUGGAGGUGGACCUGCACACCGCCAAGGGUCGGUUCCGAGCAGCUGUGCCCAGUGGCGCGUCCACAGGUAUCUAUGAAGCGCUGGAACUAAGAGAUGGAGACAAAUCACGCUACCUGGGGAAAGGAGUGCUGAAGGCUGUGGAGCAUAUCAACAAGACCCUAGGUCCUGCUCUGCUGGAAAAGAAACUAAGUGUUGUGGAUCAAGAAAAAGUCGACAAAUUUAUGAUUGAGCUGGACGGGACAGAGAAUAAGUCCAAGUUUGGGGCCAACGCCAUCCUGGGUGUGUCCUUGGCCGUUUGUAAGGCAGGAGCAGCUGAGAAAGGGGUCCCCCUCUACCGACACAUCGCAGAUCUUGCAGGGAAUCCCGAUCUCGUACUUCCUGUACCUGCCUUCAAUGUGAUCAAUGGGGGCUCUCAUGCUGGGAACAAGCUGGCCAUGCAGGAGUUCAUGAUUCUGCCAGUGGGAGCCAGCUCUUUCAAGGAAGCCAUGCGCAUUGGCGCCGAGGUCUACCACCACCUCAAGGGGGUCAUCAAGGCCAAGUAUGGGAAGGACGCCACCAAUGUGGGGGACGAGGGCGGCUUUGCUCCCAACAUCCUGGAGAACAAUGAGGCCCUGGAGCUGCUAAAGACAGCCAUUCAGGCAGCUGGUUACCCAGACAAGGUGGUGAUUGGCAUGGACGUGGCAGCAUCUGAAUUCUAUCGUAAUGGGAAGUAUGAUCUGGACUUCAAGUCACCUGACGAUCCUGCACGGCAUAUCAGUGGGGAGAAGCUUGGGGAGCUGUACAAGAACUUCAUCAAGAACUAUCCUGUGGUCUCCAUUGAAGACCCCUUUGACCAGGAUGACUGGGCCACAUGGACCUCAUUCCUCUCGGGAGUGGACAUCCAGAUUGUGGGAGAUGACCUUACAGUCACCAACCCCAAGAGGAUCGCUCAGGCUGUUGAGAAGAAGGCCUGCAAUUGCCUGCUACUAAAGGUCAACCAGAUUGGCUCAGUGACAGAAUCCAUCCAGGCCUGCAAACUGGCACAAUCUAAUGGCUGGGGGGUGAUGGUGAGCCACCGCUCUGGGGAGACUGAAGACACUUUCAUUGCUGACCUCGUGGUGGGACUCUGCACUGGACAGAUCAAGACUGGUGCCCCAUGUCGUUCAGAACGUCUGGCCAAAUACAACCAGCUUAUGAGGAUUGAAGAGGCUCUUGGAGACAAAGCUGUCUUUGCUGGACGAAAGUUCCGUAAUCCAAAGGCCAAAUGAGAAGCUGGAGGCUCCAGGACUCCAAAGAACAGACACAGGCCUUCAAGCCCGUCUCCCUGAAAUAAACACUGCAAAAUGAGA